ACACGUUUUUUUCACCUCUGGCAUAAAACAGUGUAAUCUUUCCACAUACAAAAACAAACUAGCCAGGGAAGGAAAACAAACAUAAUCAUGGAAUACCUUACAUCUCUCUUGAUCUUUUUUGGGCUGGCAAGCAUUCAUGUCCUAGUCUCCAUCUUCAAAACACUAAAAUCCUCCAAAUACCCACCAGGGCCUCGCCCUUUUCCAAUCAUAGGAAACAGCUUGGAGCUUGGAAAUCAACCUCACCAAGCACUUGCCAAGCUUUCUCAAAUUCAUGGUCCUAUUAUCACUCUUAAGCUUGGUAGCAUCACCACCAUAGUUAUUUCCUCUCCACAACUUGCCAAAGAAGUAUUACAUAAAAAUGAUCACAUCUUCUCUAGCCGAACCUUAACAGAUGCUAGUCGAGCACUUGACCACCACAUACUUUCAGUUUCAUGGUUGCCACCUUUGGCUCAGUGGAGGACCCUCAGAAGAAUUUGUGCAACAGAAGUUUUCUCUUCCCAAAAGCUUGAUUCUACACGAGCUCUUCGUCAAAGGAAGGUGCAAGAAUUGUUAGAUUAUAUCAAGGAAAGAAGCAAGAAAUGUGAAGCUUUGGAUAUUGGUGAGGUUGUCUUAGUAACCCUUCUUAAUUCCAUAUCAAACACUUUGUUCUCAAUGGAUUUGGCUCACUACUCUUCUGAUAAGUCUCAUGAGUUCAAGGGCAUCAUUUGGGGUAUCAUGGAAGAAUCUGGAAGGCCUAAUGUUGUGGACUUUUUCCCAAUUCUUCGCCUUCUUGAUCCACAAGGUGCGCGGAGAAGAAUGAAUGGUUAUUUUGAAAAGUUAAUUUCAUUUUUUGAUGGACUCGUAGAAGAAAGAUUGCGUUUAAGGGCAUCAAAAAAUGAAUCCAUGGCAUGCAAUAAUGAUGUGUUAGAUUCUGUGCUGGAACUCAUGCUUGAAGACAAUUCACAAGUCACCCGCCCUCAUGCGUUGCAUUUAUUUGCGGAUUUAUUUGUGGCGGGAGCAGACACAACAUCAAGCACAGUUGAAUGGGCAAUGACAGAGUUGUUACGUAAUCCGGAGAAACUAGAAAAGGUUAAACAAGAGUUUGAACAUAUCCUCACCAAUGGUGAACAUAUUGAAGAAUCACACAUCUCAAAGCUUCCUUACCUGCAAGCAGUUGUGAAAGAAACCUUCCGCAUGCACCCACCAGCCCCAUUAUUAUUGCCACGUAAGUCAGAUAUUGAUGCUGAAAUAGGUGGCUUCAUGGUGCCUAAAAGUGCACAAAUUAUGGUUAAUGUAUGGGCCAUGGGAAGAGAUUCAAGUAUUUGGACAAAUCCAAAUCAAUUUUUACCUGAAAGGUUCUUGGACACUGACACUAACUUUAAAGGUCAGCAUUUAGAGUUAAUACCCUUUGGAGCUGGAAGAAGAAUUUGUCCUGGAUUGCCAUUUGCUUUUAGGACUGUGCAUGUUACGUUGGCCUCUCUUUUAUACAACUAUGAUUGGAAGCUUGCUGAUGGGAUAAAGCCCCAGGACAUAGACAUGUCUGAGAUAUUUGGGCUUACCUUACAUAAGGCACAACCUCUGCGAGUUGUUCCCAUCCUAAAAUAAUGAUGUUACAAAUAAUAAUUAGAAAUUAAAGGGUCGUGAAUAAAUGUUUGAAGAUGAAAGAUUGUGUGAGUUAAUAUGUACUGAGAGAUUUCAGCACUGUGUAAUAACCAUAUAGUAAGAAGAUGAAAUUAAGGUUGAAAGUUAAUAUGCAUUAAGAGACAUCAUUUCUAAUAAUAAUUAGAAAUUAAAGGGUUAUUGUUAUUAACUUAUUAUAUCUAUAUAGUG